UUUGCCACGAUCAUCAGCAGCUACGGUUUCUUGUCCAACGCACUCAGUUGUAGGCUAAUACUUCUGCAAGUUUUCUCAAGAGCACCCAACAAGAGCAAGAUGAGGGUGGUGUGGGCGUGCUUGUGGACGGUGGUACUUGGCGUGUGUGCCACCACAGCCACCCAGUUCCAGAAGGAGGCUGAUGUGGAAGAUGUCAACAAGGCCCAAGAGUUCCGGCAGGCUGCUCGACUGGACGAGAAAGACCAAGAGUUGCAAGAGGAAGACGAGAGUCUGCUACAACAAAAUCAUCCAGUUGAUAGUUUUAUGACGGGAUCCAAGAAUGAUGCUGCAAGUUCCAGGAUAUCAGUAAACUCAAAUCUGAGGCCCGUGGACUGUGCCGACUAUCUGAUGAGCGGCGCCAACACCAGCGGUGUUUACGAAAUCUACCCUUUCACGUGCGCGUGCAGCAGUCCGGUGCAAGUGUGGUGUGACAUGGAGACGGACGGAGGCGGGUGGACGGUGUUCUUGAGUCGUCAGAGGCAAAGUCCUCAAGAGAACUUCAACCGUUCCUGGGUCGAUUACAAGAACGGCUUUGGCAACGUCUCUGGCGAACACUGGCUCGGGAACGAAAUACUGCACAAAUUAACAGCCAGCAGAGACUACUCACUGCGUCUUGAUAUGGACUAUCAGUCCGGUGCUCUCCACUACCUCACAUAUGCUUCCUUCAGUGUUGCUAACGAAGCAUCCAGAUACAGAGUGACAAGGACCGGCAGCUCAUCAGGAACUGUGUCCAGCCACUGCUUCUACUCCGGAAGUUCAUCCUUCACUACCUAUGACCGCGACUACGACUCCUAUAGCGGUAACUGUGCGUCUGUAAAGGGUGGAGGUUGGUGGUACUAUAACUGCCGCUACAACAAUCCCACCUCGCCCUACAACCAGGGCCUCAACUACACCUGCUACUACAACAGUGUGGUGAGGGUCUCCAAGCUACAGCUCAAGAUACGACCAGCAAUCUGCGACUCUCCCAUCAAGACCAUCAAUGCCAACUCCUAUAACUGUGGUGGAUGUGAAUAGAGCAAACAGGGUACGACCUGACCUGACCUGACCUGAGGACUCGGAUAUAUGUCUAAGACCAAGACCCACAGCCUGACACAACAACAACUGUCAACACGCCAUCCUAGACUGGUGGCACGGAUGGUGUGAUACACUUACUUGUGUCUUGUUCUUUACUACCAUAGAUGUAGUACAUAACUUAUGGCAACAUGAUCCUAUAUAAUUGUUAUGGUAUAAAGCACUCAGGAGUUUUAUAUGUAAUGGAAGAAACAUUAAACUAAACGAAGAAAUUAUACACUGAGUACGUCAUUAAAUAUGACUGGAGAACACUUCAGGAACGAGAAUAGAACAUCGCACUAUUGUACGACUACUGGAGUGUAAUGGUGAUUUGUCAUAAUAUCUAACAAAUAUAUAUAUAUAUAUAUAUAUAAAUAUAUGUAUAUAUUCUGAGUGUCGGAUAAAGACUUGUGGUAUAGUGUUUGUAAAUGAUGAGAACAUAAACAUGUUGAUACCCACCAUCUGUGCUGUCCCACACCCAUCAACCACACUGUACAACCUAUCUUGUCACAACUUUAAACACCAAUGUUAUAACAACCACAGUUCAGGUUACAUGGGACACAUGUGUAAUUUCUUGUAAGCCUGAUGUUAUAGCAACACCAACCGUGCUAUACAAAUGUCUUCCAGCAACACCACCAGUACUAUAUAAAUGUCUUACAGCAACACCACCAGUACUAUAUAAAUGUCUUACAGCAACACCACCAGUACUAUAUAAAUGUCUUACAGCAAUACCACCAGUACUAUAAAUCUCCAGUACAUAUUUUAGCACAAUAAAUCAACUUUACCUCAGUCACUGGUAAACAAAGCGCGUGUUAAAUAAUUAUACUGAAUAUAAUUUUCUCCAACUUC